UCCGGCGCCGGAAAUGGACCCGUCGGAGCUGAAGCGCGUCUUCCAGAUGUUCGACCGGGACGGGGACGGCAGCAUCACGAAGGAGGAGCUGCAGGAGUCGCUCAAGAACCUGGGCAUCCAGACCGCGGAGGAGGAGCUGGCAGCGAUGAUCGAGAAGAUCGACGCGAAUGGCGACGGGCGCGUGGACGUGGAGGAGUUCGGGGAGCUGUACCGGUCGGUGAUGAUGGACGAGAGCGGGGACGAGGACCCGGAGGAGGACAUGCGGGAGGCGUUCGACGUCUUCGACCAGAACGGCGACGGGUUCAUCACGGUGGAGGAGCUGCGGUCGGUGCUCAGCUCCCUCGGCCUCAAGCAGGGGCGGACCGUCGAGGACUGCAAGAAGAUGAUCAGCAAGGUGGACGUCGACGGCGACGGCAAGGUCAACUUCAAGGAGUUUAAGCAGAUGAUGAAGGGCGGCGGAUUUGCGGCUCUCAGUAAUUAAUUAAUCAAUUAAUU